AUGGCUUAUAAUCGGAUCUAUAAUGAUCUGGAGGAGGCAGAGUCCGCCCUGAAUGCGCUCCGCUCGGCCCGAGGCCUAGACGAACCGGAGCUUGAUUUGACCGGCUUGUGGUACCAAUUCAUCCGUAUGAGGUUCUCUAUGAUGGCUACACUGGCUUACACAUGGGUGGUUACUCGUGCCGACGAGUUGCUGCGUUCAGUCGUCCCCCCUGGUUACGGUGACGCCAGUGUCCCGCAAAAAAGGUUCUACGCGAACAUCCUAAGUCGGCUCGAGGAUAUUUCAACAAGGGCUGCAGUUUCGAAGAUAUGGAAGUCAAUGGAUGGCUAUAUGGGUUACCAAUUUCAUGAGCAUGAUGUCGUUGCGGGCAUAUAUCCGAUGAUCCACCUCGGCCGAAAUCGGGCAAACAGGGAGUUGCAGCUUCUGACAUCGCUGCUACCUGGCGCCUCACGCCAAAUUAUGCCACUUGCGAUAUACCGUAUACGGCGCGACAACCUAUCCAACGAGCAAUGGAUGGACUUCCGUGCGAGGAUAGAGGCCGACCUAUUAUCAGGGAUUAGCGAAGAAGAACAAUAUGAGGAUUAUCUCAAGGGGUGCAUUAGGUUCCAUUGGGUUGACGAUGUCGAGGGAAUCCACAACCUUGAAGCAGCAAGACAGCACUUCAAGACCAUAAACGAAACACGCGAGGGACCUUGGCUGUGGGAUCGCCGAUUGUUCCUUGUAGUCAAUGAGUUCAGCCUGUCCUCCUACACGGAUCCUUCCUUCCACUCCGAGUGUCUAAACCAGGGCUUCCUUCCGGGCGACUUCCGUGGCCACGUCUUAGCCGUCGAGCCCGACUGGGAACCAUCGACAAGUGAUUCCAUCGAGACCCCUUACUAUAACGGCACGGUCCGAGUUCUAGGAAACUUGGUCCUGACGGAUCUGUACGCGCUCGUGCUGCGGAGUGUCAGGGACACGAAGCCGCUGCGCGAGCUGUGGCCGCUUGCCAUGGAGCAUGCUAGAAACCGUUGGCCGGUCCCUAUCUAG